AUAAGGAUAUCAUUUACAAGAUAUUCAUGGCUUUUGUGUAUUAUAGGAAUAUAUUUUAUAAGUUCUUUAUUGCUCCUGUAUUAUAUGUACUGCUUUGCUCUGUAUCUAGCCACAGACUACAUGCAACAUAAUAAUGUGUGUCACUAAAAAUAAUGAUAGAUAAGUACAAAGCAUUGCAGAGCUUCUCUACACAUCUUGACAGAGGACAUUCUUCCCCACACAGCAUCCAAUAAAGGUUGGUAAAGUAGCCCUUUCCCCGAGAACCUUCCCUAAAUGUACAGCCUCUUUUCCCCCCACUGCUCAUCACAAUAUAAUCCCUACCCUUCACCCCUCCCAACCCCCACUCUUCAGACAUCCCACCCAUAAUGUAGCCCUUGUCACCCAGACACACUGUCUCCCUCCUCUCUACACUUGCUGCCGGCCCCUGAUUGGUCAGACUCUGAGGGAGAAAUAUAAACAAACAGAAGCCAGGCGGCUCCAGGCGGAUAGGCAAUCGGAACCGACAGACCCAGCUUGAUCUGUAACCGAACCCUUUGAAACAGACUAUAAGAGAUAUAUAUAUAGAGUAGCAUUGAGAGCAUCAGCCCCGCGAUAACCUGUCCUUAGAGGCAGCUUCAGCACCAGCAGCGGUCGGACAGCUCCACAUGUGAGAGCCCAGCACGUAGCCCAAAGCAGCGGGGUCUGCGAUCCUCCUGACAAGCGAGUGCAUGAUGUGGCUGAACGCUGGCUGAUUAGGAUGGCUUGGUGGUGAGCAGUCCCCUAGUACAAGAGCACAGGCUGUAACAGUAUGGGCGGCCGACUGAGCAGACAGAGUAGCCUGGAGGAUGAGACAGACGAGGCAAUGGAUUCGGGGGGCCAAAGUGCGGACGCUUCCAGGGUGGAGUUUGCCCUCACGUCCCUGAUGCUGAGUUCAGAGCGCAUCCCCGGGGUGCUAAGGAGAAGCAAGCCGGCUCCCUAUGUGCGCAGAUCUGCCUGGAUCCGAGACAUCCAAGCGCUGCUCCGGGACCACAAGCAGCAACGAGCCCUGCAGGUCCUGAAAUUGCUGCGCAAGGACCUGGGCCUGGAGGGGACAUUCCUCAAUGACAUCUUAUAUAGACACGUCACCGUUCUCAACCUGGUGGAUCCUAUCUCCCAUGAGCUGCUGCUGAGCCUUGCCAGAGAACUACAGUGUCCUAGAAAGGAACAUGACUCAAUGAAAUCCACAGACCGUAUUUGUCGCCAGCUUAUGUACCACCUGACACCUCACUCCAAGUGGCAUCGGCACAGCCUGCCUCAGAGAAAAAACCUGACAAGCCUGAAGAACACCCUACUGCAGAAGCUGAGCACUGAAUCUCUGGAUCUCUCUGGAAUCCCACUUUCACCCCGUGAUGCACAACGUAUUGCUCUCUACUUGCAGAGCCAUGGUGACCACCUCACCAGCAUAGAUCUGAGCUUUACUGACCUUACUGAUGGCACUUUACACCUCGUGCAACCAGCUCUUUCUGCUUUACCUAAUCUUACGCACCUUGCACUCAAUGGGAAUCGACUGACGUGCAGCACCCUGAAGGAGCUCAGUGAAGCCAUGAAGGAUAAUGUCAACUUCCCCUGCUUGAGCUGGGUGGACUUGGGCAAUAAUGUAGAUAUCUUCUCUAUGCCCCAGCCUCUGCUUCUUGGGUUAAGGCGACGUUUGUGCCAGCAGAAUCUUCUUCCCACAAUCCCUGAGGCUCAAGAUGGUGACAUUUCUGAGGGGAGCAUUCCUGUGUCUUUUCCAGAGCUGCCAUGGGACAGGUGACAUUGCUAAAUGCAGUGGUCAUGAAGACAACAAGUGACCCCACACAAUGUCCGUCCCACCUCUUAAUGAAUCAGUGAGUAGGUCUCACCUUCACUGUAAUAGUGGUACUCUGUGCCCAGUUACAGAGGAGGAGCACUGGAUACAGGCUGCCCACAUCCCACUCAUUUUCACCACUCAGUGAUAUUAAACCCAGCAGAAGUUGUAAGGCUGCACAUCUGCACAGCUACAUUGAAGGAGCACUGGAUACAGAUUGUCCACAUCCCCACUCAUUUUCACCACACAGUGAUAUGAAACCUAGCAAAGGUAGUAGAGCUGCACAUAAUAGUUUCACACCCGCCUCAUUGCUGUGUCCUGCUGCUUAAUCCUUUAACAAAAGGAGCCAGGAAUCCAUCAGAACUGCAUUGUCAGGAAAAUUUGGAAGGGGAUGCUAUCCAAGUAUGGUAAUAUUGUGGUUGAAGGGAACAUCAGUACCCACCCCUAAUUUCUGUUUGAAACUACAGAACCUACAACAGCUACCCACAAACAAAAACAAGCAGUAUGAAUUAUUGGCUGGGUGCAGCAAAUCUAUCUACUGGCUCACAAGGUGUUUAUGUUUUAAAGAUAUGGGUAGGAUAUGUGUUUGGCUUAUCAACAUUUACUAACGCAGUCUGACAAUUAAACUGUGCAAAUAUCAAAGGCUUUCAAGGACAAAAUAUGAUAGAAAAGGCUACUGUUCAGCAAAAUCAGACUUAGCAUUGUUGGAAUUAGUUAAGCCAUAUUUCUGCAUUGCAGAUCCCCACACGCGUAUAAAUUUGUUCUAUUAAAUACCGCGAGAGUCCUACAUUUUUGGCUGUGUAGGUAUAUUCUGUACUUUUUGUCUGAACAUUUGUGUGCAAAAUAACGAUGCUGUCAUAUCCAGUGCACAGCCACAAGAAAAAAUGCUUACGGACUUCCAAAGCUAUUUAAAGUGCACUUCCAUCAUUAAAGAAAUAUUCUGUACCA